GGAAAAUUUUUUUUCUGGAAAUAAUACUGAUAUGAGGAGAAGAAUCUUCUAUAUUCUUAACAAACAACCACCAACAACAACUGCACGAACAAAAUUCAUUCAAAAAAAUCUCAGUAUUUUUUUGAUUUGUUUUGCAAAGUUUGUUUGUUUUGGUUUCGGGUUUUCUGUUGUUGUUUGGGCCAAGUGCAUGGUGCAUUCAUCGAUUCCGUUAUCCAAAACACAGAAUCACCUGAGUGCGUUCGAAAUUCGGUGUUUGUUUCGAGUUCGAAUUUCGGUGUUUUUGUUUCGAGUUCGAAAUUCUGUGUUUUUCGAAAUUUCCAUUUUGCCGUAGACGAAUUUACCUGAAAAACUUGAAAUUGAAACCGAAAAACAACAACGACGAUAAUCAUGAAACGAAUACCAUUAUUUAGCCGUUCACGUAAUGGUUAUAAAAGUGCAUUAAUUGUUACCGGUUUUGUUGGUACCGUAUUGAUUGCAUUAUAUCCAAUUUUUAUCUAUCCAUAUUUAAAUAUUGAACAAUAUCAAAAAGCACAACGUGAAAAUCGUAAAGGAAUUGAUCGUGAACAAAUUCAACCGGGUAAUAUGCGUGUAUGGAGUGAUCCAUUUAGUCCACGUAAUGAAUCAUAAUUUCUUCGUUUGUAAUUUUCCAAUUUGUUUUUCCAUUUAAAUGCGAGAGAGAAAAUGAAUGAAUAAAAAACAUUAAAACAAAACAAAAAAUUUAU